CGUCAAACGCGUUUCGUAAUCGCGUGUCCCACGCGGCGCUCUGUAUGACGCGUGCUGCAGAGUGCUUGAAGCGCGACACACACAAACACACGCGUGACAGGAGCGCGCUCGUAAGCCGGAGUUUCUUCAUCUCUUCAUUCAGAACAAGCAGCAGCGGAGCGCGUGUUUGAUAAAGCGCAGUCAUGUCUGAGACGCGCAAGAGGAGCAGAAAACGCUUCGGCGGACACGCGCACAAGAAACAGAGGGGCUCGCGCGAGCUGGAGGUGGGCGCGCAGGGGGUGCUCAUCACCUGCAACAUGAAUGAGCGCAAGUGCACGAGCGAAGCCUAUAGCCUGCUCAACGAGUACGCGGACGCGCUCUACGGCCCCGAACAGCCCACAGACACACCGGACAGUGUCAGUGAGGAUGAGGAGGAUGAUGAAGAUGCUGAGGCUGCUCUGAAGAAGGAAGUGUCUCAGAUCCAGUCGUCUAUGAAGACGCAUCAGCAGCGGUUCAGUGCGGUGGAGAGCGGAGCCAAUAAUGUGGUGUUCAUCCGCACUCAUGGAGUCGACCCAGAGCAGCUGGUCCAUCACAUCCUGUCGGACCUCCAUCAGACGAAGAAGAGGAAGUCACGUGUGAUCCUGCGCAUGCUGCCGGUCAGCGGCACGUGUAAGGCAUUUCCUGAAGAAAUGGAGAAGUUUCUGAGCGUGUUUCUGGAGCGCUGGUUCAAAGAGCCGCUGCGCGCCACCUACCAGAUCUGCUUCAAAGCCCGAAACAGCAGCCACAACAAGAGAGACGACGUCAUCAAAGCUGUGGCUGGUCUGGUGGGGAAGCUGAACCCGCUGAACAAGGUGGAUCUGACCAACCCUGAGCUCACCAUCAUCAUCGAGAUCAUCAAGACGGUCUGCUGCGUCAGCGUCGUCAAGGACUACACGCUCUUCCGCAAGUACAAUCUGCAGGAAGUGGCCAAAGAGCCCACCAAUCAGAACACAGCCCCAAAGGAAGCGGCCAAUCAGAAUGUUGGCCCACAGGAAGCAGCCAAUCAGACGCAGGAACACGGGGAUGGAGAGAGCGCGGAUGGGAGUGCAGAGAGCCGUGACGUCGCCGCUGGCAACGGAACAAAGGAGGCGGAGCUCGAGUGAAUGUGUGUCACAUGACUGGCUGUUUUUUAAGUCGUUUUUACACCGUUUGUGUGAUUUGUUCAGGCUUUUGUUUUUUAAGCAGCAUUUCAGUGUUACUUCUGUUUGUCGGGUGAUAUUAACAGUUUCUGUUUGUUGUACGGGACUCUUGUGUCAUUUUGGACAUAUUUUCCUCUGAAGAUGAGACAGAGGUGUGGAAAUCAAAUAAAAUACAACUGAAAUCA